CAUAGCAAUCGACGAUGAAUAUUAAUGGACAUGCACUAAUUGUCGGUGGGGGAAGUGGAAUUGGAGAGGCGUGCGCUUUUGCAUUCGCCCAAGAAGGCGCUGCUGGAAUCGUGGUCGCAGACAUCGAUCUCGAAGCUGCCGAGAGGGUCGUUAAAAAGAGCAGCGCUUCAGCUUUAACUGCUAACUUCAAAGCAAAGGCAGUGGAGGUCGAUGUAACAUCAGAUGACUCGGUGAAGCGUGCAAUCGAAGAAACAGUCGCCUUCUUUGGACGUAUUGACUACUGUGUCAAUUGUGCCGGUAUCGGCGUCCAAGCCGCAAAGGGAAUUUCCGAGGCGGAUGUCUCCGAAUUCGAACGCUUCAUGCGCGUCAACGCUACGGGCACCUUCCUAGUGACCCGCUACGUUUACGCAGCGAUGAAAUCUCAAGAGCUCACUGCUGCCUCUGCUCGGACCCCAAGCAAACGCGGAUCUACUAGGGGAUCGAUCGUAAACCUCGGUUCUCUCGCUUCGUACAUAUCGCAGCCUCACAUGGUUCAGUACACAGCGUCCAAACAUGCAGUUUUGGGCGUGACCAAGAACGCCGCGAUGGACAAUGCGGUACACGCCAUACGCGUGAAUUGUUUAUGCCCGUCCUGGGUGGAUACUCCGAUGGUGCAGCAGGCUAUGGACAGUGUGCCCGGGCUGAAGGAGAUGAUCGAGCGAGCGAUACCGAUUGGGCGGAUAGUGUGCCCGGAAGAAGUAGCCGAUGCAGCCAUCUUCUUAUGUAGCCCUAGGUCGAGUUACAUCACCGGCAGCAGCUUCAUUGUGGAUGGUGGUACUUCUUUAGCUAGCAAGCUUUAGCGUCCGCCUUUUCAGUAACCUACUACGGUGAAGGUUUUGCAAUCUGUGUGCAGUCCGUAGGAUUGAUGACCUGCAUCUAUCAGUCUGUUGUCCGGUUACACACAGGAGGAUUCGAUGUAGUGGUGGAUUCGGAGCCCAAUACUUCCGGAUAUUUCAUCAUAACUACAGCCUUGCUUAGGUCAAAUACAGAUACAGUGAACAGAUAGGGG